AUGCUUUCCAGCUCUCUUCUUGUUAGCCUUGGUCUUGCGACCUUGGCAGCUGCCGCUCCCUCACGCACCGUCAAGGCUCGUCAGGCUUCUGGUGCCCAGAAUGUUGUCUACUGGGGAGCUACCAACAACGAAGUCGACGACCUGUCUCAUUACUGCACGUCCGACGCAGGAAUCGACAUUGUCAUCUUGUCCUUCCUGGAUAUCUAUGGCGCGACUGGCAACAUCCCCUCCGGUAACAUGGGCAACUCAUGCUUCGUUGGCACAACCGGAGUCCCUCAGCAAUGCGACCAACUUGCUUCUGCAAUUACAACUUGCCAGUCUGCUGGGAAAAAGGUCAUCCUGUCUCUCGGUGGUGCCGCCAGCUCGUAUUCUCUAUCAUCCCAGUCACAGGCUGUGGCCAUCGGUCAAUACCUAUGGAGCGCAUAUGGCAACUCUGGCAACACCACUGUCCAGCGCCCCUUUGGCAGCGUCUUUGUCAACGGCUUUGACUUUGACAUUGAGUUGAACGCCGGAAGCCAGUACUACCAAUACAUGAUCUCAACGCUGCGCUCCAGCUUUGCCAGCGACCCCAAGAACACCUACUACAUCACUGGAGCUCCUCAGUGCCCCAUCCCUGAGCCCAACAUGGGCGAAAUUAUCAGCAGCUCUCAAUUUGACUAUCUUUGGGUCCAGUUCUACAACAACAACCCGACUUGUUCUCUUGGUCUCCCCGGCGAUGCCCCUUUCAACUUUGAUGACUGGGUGUCAUUCAUUUCCACCACCCCCUCCAAGAACGCAAAGCUCUUCAUCGGUGCUCCUGCUUCUACCUUGGGUGCCAAUGGUAACGCUGGAGGUGCCAAGUACUACGCGACACCCGACCAGCUGGCUAGCAUCGUCGCCAGCACCAAGUCCAACCCUGCUUUCGGAGGCAUCAUGCUAUGGGAUGCCGGAUACUCCGAUUCCAACGUCAUCAACGGAUGCAACUUCGCUCAAAAUGCCAAGAGCAUUCUUACUACCGGCUCCCCAUGCGGAGGAUCUGGCUCCGCUCCUCCUCCUAGCAGCACCACCAAAGUUCCUCCUCCUGCUAGCUCUACUCCAUCAAACCCUUCAGGUGGCACCGUUGGCCAGUUUGACCAGUGUGGUGGCAUUGGAUACACUGGCCCUACACAAUGUGUGGCCCCUUACAAGUGCGUCGAGGAGAGUGAGUGGUGGUCUUCUUGCCAGUAA